UGUUAUAAAUACUGCUCUUAAACCAGCAGGAGAUACAAUUGAAGAGCCAGACUGAAUCAGAGAGAUUUGUUGUAAGGGAGGACUGGAAUCCAAGAAUGAACUAUUGUACUACUGUCACCAUUCUGCUCUUGCUUGGACAUUGUGCAGUUUUCUCUAAGGAUGCUCCUCUAGAUGAAGAUGAGAAUAUACGUUGUCGCUGCGUCCACACUGAAAGGAGAAAGAUACCCAGCAAACUAAUAAAACUGAUACAAAUUUUUCCCAGUUGUAAAAGAUGCAAACAUACAGAAAUCAUAGUGCUAAGUACGUCAGAUCAUCAAAUCUGUGUGCAGGUGACAGCUCCUUGGGUGAAGAAACUCCUUGAUGAUUUACUGGCAAAUUCAACAGUAAAGGCUAUAUCAUAAAGGGUUUCAUUUGCUGUAAAGUUAUCCUAUGGUUGUGAAAUGUUCUUUAUUGCUACAACUGCUUUCUUUGUUGCCAAGUGAUUAUAAUUCUAGAAACAUAAUUGUACCUCCAAUAUAAAUUGUUCAUCAACAAGUACAGCCUACUAAAAUUAGCUAUAAAUAGAUAAUGUCUGUUGCUAUUACAUAAUAAGAAAUUCAGGUUAAAUGAGGACCAACUGAGUCUUUGGGUUUAAUCUGGCAACUGUCAGAUACUUUUAUCCUUCUUCUGGUGCUCACAAUCAGUCAGACCAUACCAAACUCUGGAAUAUACAGUGAUAAAACCAGGAUGAUAUUUAUAGAUUUUGCAGCAUAUCAUUUCUUCCACUGAGAUUUCAGUGCACAAGCAGGAGAUUCCUCAGGGAAAUUCAAACUUCCUCAUUCAGGUUUAUGGUGUUAACUCAUCCAGUGACAACAAAAUUAUUUAUAUGACUGUUUAUGGUGAUAGAAAUCUAGUUUCAAAUGACAGAAAAUUUCUAUCUCAUCCGAAGAGAAAUGUUUGUGUUGCUUAGUGUUCUGUUCCUUCAUUAAAUGCACACCUAAGUUCUCAUUGCUCCUAUCGCAGUGUUCACAAUUCUGCUAAUAAUCACGCAAUGAUGCAGCAUUGAAAAAUUGUGAACAUGAAAUAUUUAAAUAAACUGCUUUUGGAUCCAACGAUUGUAUUCUAGACAUCAUUUCACUGAGGGUCGAGAAGAGUGAUAUGGAACACAAGGCUGAGUUUCUGGUACGCCUGGUAUGACAUAUUACCACAAUUGUAUCAAAAAUAUGACUAAUCCAUUGUUCAACAAAGGUAGCAUGUUCUCACUCUCUAACUGACCCUUGGUUCUAGACAGUUCUAGGAAACAAUAUACCUGUACCUAACCUGGCAGGGUACAUAAGAAUUUUGUAUGUUUCAAUGAGCUCAGAUCUCAUUCUUUAUAAUUGCUUAAUUUCUCCUUAUUGGACAAAACUUCCAUUCCAGGAAUCAAUCAAUCAAUUCAUUACAAUCUCUCCACCACAAGAUAUCCUCCCUUAGAUAGGUAGGCAAUCCCUGCACAUAACAUUCCAGAAGGACCCUCACCAGGGCCACAAAUGAUAGCAGUUUUACUUUUGUACUCAAAUUCAUUUGCA